AUGAGCGUAGCGUCGACGUGCCUCUCGGUGAACAUGGAAGAGCAGCUUAAAUUAGUGGAAGACGAGAGGCGCUUACGAGUGCGUGAGAUUGAAGAGAAGAGAGAAAUGAAGCGUCGCGAGAACGCGGAACUAGCAAGACGGCUAGAUGAGAAGAAAAAAUUAGCCGAAGAGGAAAGCAUCCUUCGGGAGAGAGAAUUGAAAACCGAAGAAGAAAUGAGAGUGCUGGAGCAAAGCGUGCUCCGUGAGGCGCUAGAGAAAAAGCGCGAACUGAUGCUGCAAGGAUCGCGCACUAGCCGCAUGGGCUCAGAAUGUAGCUACAGUGAGAAGAUUAUGUGCUGGUUAAACGGGAGCAAAGGAAUGACUGGAGCAAAAUCGAUGCCGAAUAAGGAUAUUCCUUACAGCUCCGGCUCUACAGUUUCAAGUGUUAAACCCAUCGCGACAUCAAGCGCUACAAAAAGAGAGAAAGAGAUGGUUGGUGCGAGACAAGAAGAGGAAGUGUAUGACGCACCAUCGCGACGACAGGUUGCCGCUCGCCAAGUGCUUGGCAAGGAUGUACCACAUUUCAACGGCAACCCAGAAGAUUGGCCCAUUUUUAUUAGCAUGUUUGAAGAGUCGACGAAAACCUGCGGAGCUAAAACUAUUUAUGCCUUCGUAGAUGAAGGAUCGUCGUUCUCCCUAAUCGACGAAUCGGUCGCCAGAGAGUUGAAUGUUUACGGAUCGAAAUCCCCGCUAACGCUUCAAUGGACGGGGCAAGUGACGCGAUCUGAACCAAACUCCGAAAGAGUACAACUGCAAAUCUCUGGUGAAGAUAAAACCUCCAAAUUCAGAUUAGAAAACGUGCGGACGGUUAGCAGUCUCUUACAACCGUCGCAGACGCUGAACUAUGGAGUGCUUAAAAGACGAUUUCCCCACCUAGCAGGGUUACCCAUAAAAAACUACGAAAGCGUGCAACCUCAACUUUUAAUCGGGCUAGAUAACAUUCGACUGGGUGUGCCAUUAAAACUUCGCGAAGGACGUUCAACGGAACCGAUUGCGGCUAUGUGCCGCCUGGGUUGGUCAAUAUAUGGAGGAAACGGAGGUGGCACAGCGCAGACACCUGUUGUCAAUUUUCAUGUAGCGCCCGCUACGGAUAGUGACUUUGCGCUAAAUGAGCAGCUGCGGGACUACUUCACGAUGGAAGAUUUCGGGACUUCGAUUCCUCGUGGGAUCCUUGAUUCGGAAGAGGAAAAACGUUCAAAACGAUUGUUAGAAGAAACGACGCGCAGAGUAGAACCCGGGAAUCAUUUCGAGACGGGUCUACUGUGGAAUACAGACUGCCCUAACUUUCCCGAUAGCUACACUAUGGCAGUUAAGCGUAUGGAGUCGUUGGAGAGGAAAUUUAUACAGAUGCCAAACUUGGAAGCGAAAGUUCAUGAAACCAUCGCCGACUACGAAGCUAAAGGUUAUGCGCACAAGGCUACCCUAGAAGAACUGUCCUGUGUUGAAGCUGGAAGAAUUUGGUAUUUACCGCUGGGAGUUGUACACAAUCCGAAAAAGCCAAAUAAGAUUAGACUAAUCUGGGAUGCAGCAGCAAAGGUCGCAGGAGUGUCGUUCAACUCGAGAAUGCUUAAGGGACCCGAUCUGCUCACACCGCUCCCGCAAGUGCUAAGCCAUUUCCGCCAACACCCGGUAGCUGUCGCCGGAGACAUAAUGGAGAUGUUUCAUCAAAUCAGGAUUCGUGAUCCUGAUCGUCAAUCACAACGCUUUGUUUACCGCAAGAAGCCAGGCGAUCCCGUCGAAGUAUACGUGAUGGACGUGGCAACAUUCGGUUCGGCAUGUUCUCCGGCCUCGGCGCAGUACGUAAAGAAUAAGAACGCCAUGGAGCAUGCAAAAGAAUUUCCACGAGCCACCGAAGCAAUCAUUAGAAACCAUUAUGUGGAUGAUUACCUGCAGAGUUUCACGACGGUCGAAGAAGCUAUAGAGGUCGUGAAAGAAGUUAAACUUGUGCAUUCGAAAGGAGGAUUCACGCUACGACGUUUCCUUUCGAACUCAUCGGAUGUACUUAAGAGUGUAGGAGACCCAGCAGAAGAAACUACCAAGAAUUUGAUGAUAGAACGAGGAGAAGACACAGGGUCGGUAUUGGGGAUGAAAUGGAAGAUAGAAGAAGAUGUGUUCGUAUUCUCAUUCGCGACCAACGAGAAUAUCCGACACAUAAUUCGCGAGGAACAUGUUCCUACGAAGCGUGAAGUGUUGAAGGUAGUCAUGAGUUUGUUUGACCCUAUGGGACUUGUAUCUUUCUUCCUAGUGCACGGGAAGAUACUCAUCCAGGAGAUCUGGAUGAAAGGCAUCGGAUGGGACGAAGAAAUACCAGCGGAUCUGUACAAGCGAUGGCGAGAGUGGACCGACCUAUUUCCUCGUUUAGAUGGAAUACAUGUACCGAGGUGCUACUUCAAAUCACCGCACCCAAACUGCCUCGAAACUCUGCAGUUGCAUGUGUUCGUCGACGCCAGUGAGACAGCGUAUUCCGCUGUAGCAUACUUCCGCGUCGAGACAAAGGGAGUGAUCCAAUCAAGUAGGGCAUCCGAUCGACCCGACACGAUUCAGCACCUGGAGAAAACUGCUAAGAUCAAGCGCGUACGUUCUCCGAUAUAUACACAAUCUGAAACGCAAAUCCAACGGUUGGUACCAUCAGAAGUAUCGGCACGCAAAUGGGGAAACAGUAGUGAACGAGAUACGACAACGCUUUGA